AUGCCUCUCAUCUCCAACAUCGCCACCGGCGCCGUGGGUGCCAUCCACGUCUACAUCCUCACGCUCGAAAUGUUCCUCUGGGACACCCCGCGCGGCCACAAGGCCUUCAAGCUGGCCCCAGACUUUGCCACCAAGACAAAAGUGCUGGCGGCCAACCAGGGCCUGUACAACGGCUUCCUCGCCGCCGGGCUGUUCUGGGGGCUGGCCCAUCCGGUGGAGGAGUUUGCGGCGCAGAUCAGGCUCUUCUUCUUGGGGUGCGUGGGAGUGGCGGGCGUGUAUGGCGCGGCAACGGCGAGCAAGAGGAUUUUGUAUGUGCAAGCCGUUCCAGCGGCGGUGUCUAUUGCGGCCAUGUUGCUUGGGUUCUGA